GUCACCUACGCGCGCACUGCCCUUUCAUUUAGGAGUGAAGGAAAGAACCCAGAACAACUCAAUUACAUAUGACGGGUGUCCCGCUUACAAAGAAACGGUUUAGCGUGGGACUCACCGCUUCAACUCUACUUUGCCAUGCUUGUACACCCGGCGAUGACUGCCGGCUGACAUACAGUAAUAAUUUCAAAGUCAACAAAUGUAAGGUCAAUCACGCGUGUUGGCCGUACAUAUCACCUCUCACGCAGUAUAGCCAGAAAAGAUUCGUGACGGAAAAUUUGGUGUCGAAUAUUAAAUGUCAUCACGCGCAACGGCUCACACAUUCAUUGAAUGCCAGCGAAGAUCUACGUCUUGUGAAAACAAUACAAUUUUUUGAGGAUUGAUAAUUUCGAUAGGGUAUAGCAGAAGUAGAUUUUCGGUUGCUGAUACAAUUCGGCGGCGAAUUUAACGGUUAGGCCAAAUUGGGUCGCGAUAUAAAUCGUCAUGUGCUUAUCUUCGCUAGAAAAUCACUGCGCAGAUUACAUUGGCCGAGAAACAGUACCGGGCCAGAAGAGUGGUAGAAGGCAAGAUCGUGCUUCGCAGGGGCAUGUCUGUAGUUUAACGUAUCCAUUUGCCGGGUUCGUACGUCUUGACUCCAUCAUGAUGAAACGGAGUGUGAACCUGAGCGUAAAUCAGGAUAGAUUGUUUUUACUAGGAGCAAUAUCCUUCUUUGAUGAUCGUUGUGUCUUCGAUUUGUUGGUGAGAAACUGUAUCCAUCCAGCUUGAGUGGUCCAGGUCUCUUAAUCACCAAAAACUUUUCGAAAUGGGCGAAGGAAGCUAAAUUGUGCGUGUUUGGAUGUAGUUCACUUAAGUUAAGCUCUUUCGCGGUACGGAAAAACCCACAGUGGUUAAAGCUCAGUGUUAGUAAAACGAAACAAGUCCGGUUAAAGUGAAUGAACAUGAGUCUGCUGAUUACUACUAAUAACACCGACGGAUUGUUCCAAUAGGAACCGUUGUAGUCCCCUCACAACUUCGCUUCGUAUCAACAAUGACCUCGGGGAGAACAUUUUCCAAAAUGCCACCGCAGGACACCGAUACGAAGCUUGCUUGCUCCAGGUUCACAUUGAAAGAUUACGAUGUAAUUGGCUUUGACCUCGACCACACUCUCGCACGAUAUCGACUUCCUGCGUUAUAUCGGCUCUGUUACACCUCCAUUGUUAAGCAUCUAAUCGACAUCGGGUAUCCAAAGGAAAUUUUUAGUGAUUUCGAUGAAUCUCAACUCGCCUUUUGCCAAAAGGGACUCCUGUAUGACAAAGAAAAAGGAAACUUUCUCAAACUUGGAGUCGACCGAAAUAUCCUACUUUGCUACCACGGCACGAAGCGUCUCAGCAAUGAGGCAAUACAGAAGAUAUACGGGGCCGAGUCAGAAGAGGCAGCAACUCUAAAACAUAUGCCCUUCAUUAGAGGUGAAACUUCCGAAAAAGUAACGCGUUUCUUCCACUGCUUCGGAGACUAUUUUACGGUUGGAACAAUCUACUUGUUAAUGAAAAUCGUCGACGCUAAGGAUGCGGGAAAAAUUGCAAGUCAGGACUAUGCAAAACCGUACCGCGAUUUCUUUGAGGGAUACAGUAAGAUGUAUUCCAGGGAGAACUUUCAAGAGCAUACAGGUUAUUUUUUUCCAGAGGUGAAGACAAAUACGUCGAAGAUGCUUUACCAGUGUACGCCCAAAAUGCUCGAAUGGUUAAAACAACUUCGCUUCGACGGAAUGAAAAUUGUCGUAAUUACAUCGAGCAAUGCUGAUUACGCCGAAAUGAUGCUGAGGUAUUGCAUCGGCAAUAACUGGAUGGAUUAUUUUGACUCGGUUGUAACGUGGGCGCGGAAGCCAGGCUUCUGGACACAGCCUGAGCGAAUGUUCUACACGGUGAAAAAUAAUCGCGAAGGUGACAUGAUAGGCUCUCUGAAGGACAAAACCGUUUACGCACAGGGGAGCUGUAAUAAACUCAACCAAUUGCUUAAGCAACUGACCGGAAAGGACCAACCAAAAAUGGUUUACGUUGGGGACAGUCUUGUGGACGAUAUAUACGUGCCUACAAAAUACGAUUGUUGUGAUACAAUUGGAAUUGUCGAGGAGAUCGAACUUGAAAAAAUGCCGGGCUGGUCCUCAAAUUGGGGCUCUUUUUUUUACGCUAACGAGCCAAUAGAAUCGCCGUCAUUCUGGUCAAGCGUCAUCUCGAGCUCGUGCAAACUUGCCGUACCUAGCGUAGAAGAAAUGGCGCAGUAUCCGAGGGACCAUGUUUUUGAAAAAUGCACUGACAGCUGCCUAGUUUUCACCUAAUUUAUCUCAAUCACUGAAAAUAUAAUUGAGAAAAAAGAUAUAAUGAAAUAAAGAAGUGAAAUUAAACAACUUCCUUUAGGAAGAUUUUUUUAUAUA